GGGGGCGGGGAAGGAUGUCCCAUGAGACGAGCGAGAAGCCCCCCAACCCCGAUCCGCCCCCCGCGACCGUCUACGUCCUCGUGGAGGACCCGCGCUCCACCGACGCCCUCCAGCUGCUCAGCCUCAACUCUCUACUCCCCGAAUCUGGGAUCGUGGCCGACAUCGACUUGGAGAACAUCCUCUCGUUGAACAGCGACAGCUUCUACGAGCUGAAGAGCCAGCCGAUCGGUGUGAGCCCUCCAGCGGCUCCAGCCCAAGGCCCAACCAUGUCGUCGCGGGUUCUCCUCCGGCAGCAGCUGAUGCGGGCGCAGACCCAGGAGCAGGAGCGGCGGGAGCAGCAGCAGGCUGCCCAGUUCACCCCCGCCGCCCCCGUGCCUUCCACCCCCGCCAUUUCCAUGAGCCCCCUCGCCCGCCCUGCGCCUGCCCAGGUCCCCGUGGAAGUACUGAAGGUGCAGACACACCUGGAGAACCCCACCAAGUAUCACAUCCAGCAGGCGCAGAGGCAGCAGGUCAAGCAGUAUCUCUCGACGACCAUGGGCAACAAGGUGGCCACGCAGGCUUUGGCAGGCGCUAGUCCGGGGGCGCCGCCCGCCUGCUCCCCGCAGGCGGCCUCGGCUCCGGAGGCCCAGCACAGUCUGCCGCGGCAGCAGGCAGUCGCCGGGGGCGCGGGCAGCGCUCCCAACAGCCCCAUGGCGCUGCUCAACAUCGGUUCUAGCUCUGAGAAGGAAAUUGAUGAUGUCAUUGAUGAGAUCAUUAGCCUGGAAUCCAGCUACAACGACGAAAUCCUGAACUACGGAGGCCUACAGAUGCCAAGCACGCUGCCGGUCUCAGGGAACCUCCUGGACGUCUAUAGCAGCCAGGGGAUGAUGGAGCCGGCAAUCACCGUGAGCAACUCCUGCCCUGCCGACCUGCCGAACAUCAAGCGAGAGAUGUCAGAAAACGAAGCUAAGGCAUUCCUGAAGGAGAGACAGAAGAAAGACAAUCAUAACCUAAUUGAGCGUCGGCGGCGGUUCAACAUCAAUGACCGAAUCAAAGAGCUGGGGACCCUCAUCCCGAAAUCCAACGACCCGGAGAUGCGCUGGAACAAAGGGACCAUUCUCAAGGCGUCGGUGGACUACAUCCGGAAACUACAGAAAGAGCAGCAGCGCUCCAAAGAAAUGGAGAUCAGGCAGCGGAAGCUGGAGCAGGCCAACCGCAGCUUGCAGCUGAGAGUGCAGGAGCUGGAACUCCAGGUCCAGAUGCACGGGCUGCCGCUGACUUCCACCCCGGGCCUGCUGGCGCAGCCCUUGGCGGGAGACCUGGCCCCGCCGUUCGGGGACUCCCUGGACCUGCCCUUCACUGCCGAGGAGCUGGGGCUGGGCCUGGCGCUGGGGUCCGACGGGGUAGGCCUGCAGGACGUGCUGAUGGACGAGGGGGCCGCCCUCUCCCCGCUGGGGGCGUCGGACCCCUUGCUUUCGUCCGUCUCGCCCGGCGCCUCCAAAGGCAGCAGCCGCCGCUCCAGCUUCAGCAUGGAAGACGACUCGUGA